AUGGCGUCGCGAAGAAGAAGCUCAAGAAGCCCGUGCGCGCAAAACACGACCGCCCCCACGCGGCCCUGGUCGGCGUUAUGCAGCCAGGCGCCGCGUUUGCCAACUUUGCAAAGCUUAAUUUGGCCUCGCUUAGGAGGUACAGGAGCGUGUAUAAGCUCAAUGUCGAUAAGGAUUGCUCCAAGGAUGAGCUGGUCGGCGCUGUCAAGACCCACUUUGAUAAGACAAAGGUGGACGAGACCGAGGUUAUAUCCAACUUUGUGCGCCACAUCGCGAGGCGUGGCGGGCCGGCCGCGAGCGAUUGACAAAGGAGCGCAGGGCGGGUUGGACGGCCCUUUUUCUUUUUUUCUUGUCGUCGCGUUUGGGUUAUUUUCGUUUUCUGCUCCCCAGUGUCUAGAGUUUCUGGCGCCCCUUCUUCACUGUGUAAUUAACACCGCGCGCCGCUGUAUGUACUGA